AUGGAAGAGAAAGUGUUUGGAAUAACAAUAAAAGAAACACUAAUCAGGACAGAAAAGCUCAGCUCACCAUACUCCAAGAAUGACAGCAGAAUCCGUGUCUUCAGGGAGAAGUACGCUUUUUCGUCUCACUAUCAGCACUCCGCCCCCAUAGCUGCCCUGUUCCUCCUGGCCUACAUCCUCAUCUUCCUGAUGUGCAUGACUGGCAAUAUGCUUCCAGGUGUCACCGUGCUGACAAAUCGGCAGAUGUGGACCGUCACCAAUAUGUUCAUUCUCAACCUGGCCAUCCGCGAUCUGCUGGUGGGCACCUUCUGUAUGCCAACCACGCUAGUGGACAACCUGAUCACAGGUUGGCCAUUUGAAAACAUCAUAUGUAAAAUGAGUGGACUGGUGCAGGGGAUGUCUGUCUCCUCUUCAGUUUUCACUCUGGUGGCCAUUGCAGUGGAAAGGUUUCAUUGCAUUGUUUACCCCUUCAGACAGAAACUAACCCUGAGGAAAGCCCUAAUCACCAUAGUUAUCAUUUGGGUCUUGGCCUUGAUAAUCAUGUGCCCCUCUGCAGUCACCUUGACAGUCACCAGGGAUGAAUAUCAUUUCAUGGUGGUUACAUACAACAAUUCUUACCUGCUGUACUUGUGGGAGGCAUGGCCUGACAAGCCAAUUCUAAUGAGAUAACUGAAUUGGUAAGGCAACCCCACCUUUUCAUGUACUCUGUAUAUAUAUCUUCCUACUGUAUUUUCCACUCCAUGCAUCUGAUGAAGUGAGUUUUAGCCCACAAAAGCUUAUGCCCAAAUAAAUUUGUUAGUCUCUAAGAUGCCACAAGUACUUCUCGUUGUUUAAUAUAUCAGUAUUCACUACCUCUUGCCUCUAGUAACUGUGAAUAGAGCCCUCCUGUAUCAGAAUUGUUAUUUGGUGUUUAGUAACCACUCUCUCCAUGCUGUACAAAAUGGUAUUAAUGACAUUACUGUAUCACUG